AUUUUAUUUGGGCCGCAGUUGUGCGCAGUACCCGAAGGAGGAAACACGUCGUAGUUGCGUUGAGCGGAGACAGCAGCGUAAAAUAGUAAUUGGAAUUGACUACAAAGUGAACAAGGAUUUUGUUAGAGAAGAUGAAAUUGUCCGGCUUUAGGCAAUCUUUGUCCAGAGUCCAAGGAUUGGGCAAUGGAACGCUAAUUUGUUCAGCGCUCCUAGCACUUUUGGUCUCCACCGCUCAGGGAUUGCAGCUAAGUUCCUUCACAACUAAGACGCCACGGGUCAGCAAGUAUACAACUAAGUCGCCAUCGGCCGCCUCCAUGAACCAUGAUGCCACCGCCUCGCUGUAUCGUUUCAAUGCCACCAAUGGAGUCACCUGCAUUCUGAUGCAGGUAGACGGACUAAUCAGUAUCAAGUACCGAAAUAAACUGAACGAAGAUGUGGAGGCCGAUCUGUACAUGCCGGAUGAUCCCCAACUGAGCGGAGAGUGCGUCGAGUCAAAUAUGGAAAUUCUCACUAUGGACUUUAAGGGUUUCCGGCUGUCCAUGACAUUUAAAAAGUCGUCCGGCGGUGAAGGUUGGUAUAUUACCCUCUUCGAACUGAGCUACUCCUCUUCGAAUUGGCUUUUUGAACACCCGGAUCGUCCUAAUUUGGAUGUGAAACUGACUUCGCCCGCCCAGACGCCCAUGUACUUUCCCACGCCGGUGGGCAAAUCCUAUGUGUGCGACAAGGAGCAGACUGUGAUUAUGUACGCGCCACAUGAUUCUGGAGACCUAUCGGGGCAUAUAGCCAAGCUAUAUCUGCGGGACAUGCACAUGCAGAGCUUCAUGUUCAAGGACAGCGGCAAGUGGGGUCCGUCCUUCCACUGCAGUGCCACAGGAUCCUAUCGCGAUGAGACUGCGCCUUUGGCCGUGGGUACUGCCCUGGCCAUUGCCGUGCUGCUGACCAUUUCAGGAUACGGCGGAUGGAGGUACUUUAAAGUCAAGAAGGUCCAGUACGGUUCUAUGGAGUGAGGAGAGCAGACCCAGGAAUUAAGUGAAGCGUUCGUUUUCGUUCAACUAUUUGAUCAUAUCGUUGUCUACACAUAUCCCCCACGUUUGUUGGAUCUAUUGCAAUCCUGUAGUCCUAUUUUUAAACUUUAAGAGUCCAAAUUAAGAGUUGUCCCGGCAGAUAUUGAGAUUAACAUUUACGAGAUUAUCGGAAUCAACUAAAGAUACAUAUAUGAGAAAUGCAAAUGUCUUCCAUAUUGUUAAUGUAUAAAAUAAUAGCGCACCAUAUAUGAUUAUUAAAUGUUAAUAUAUAUCAUUAUUAACCAACAACUAUUAUUUAACAGGCAGACUUAUCUUAUCAAAAGACCAAAGUUGGCAUCGUGGACGUCAUAUUAAAACUUAUACUCAUGUUUCAGCUAUUUUAAUGAAACACCUUUACUGAAUAUCCGUUUUUUAUGACACAUUGUUAAGCAAAAACUCCUGCACCUCCUAUUAAACAUUCAUUAUCUCUUAAUCCAUUCAAGAGUUUGCCAAUUGAAAUAUUGAAAGAUUUGUGUGCGGGGAAAUACAUAGGAACCUUAAAUGCUUUUUGUUAUAAUUAGUAUUAAUCAGUUUAAAGUGGAAAUAAAUACGGAUGCCUGCUGAAAA